GAAUCAGACUGAAGAAGUCGAGGAAGCCAGGUCAAUCAACAUGCAGGACGAGAAGGAAGAGAAAGAGUACGUGUUCGUGUUGACGCAGAAGCUGGGCGAAUCGAGCACCUGUCACGUCUCGCAAGAGAUAGUGACGUCCCAGACAACGGCGGCGUCGGCCACCACGUCGUCUUCGGAUGAGAGCGCGACGUUUGGCGACUCGGACGCAGAGGAGGACGAUGAUGACUCGGUGGAGCUGGACCAGAUGCCUGUGGCCAUGCCCUUCCUUCCAGAGCUGGACGCCUCCACGCAGAUCACAAUCCACGACGGCUAUAGCGAGGCGAUCAUGGACGCUCAGCAUGCACUGGACUCGCGUCUAUUGGCGUAUUCGCAGUACCAGCAAAUGGCCCGGCCGAAGCAGGUGCUGCUAACGCCGAGAAGACCCAAGACAGAGCGAUUCGUCAUGACGGCUAGACUCGCCGUUGUAGACCGCCCUGUGACCGUGUGUAUGGGCUGGCAGCGUGUGUCCAACAUUGACUCAAGCAGCCGCGAUCUACUGCGUAUGCUGGAGGAAGAUGGCGUGUCGUAUGAGCCGCAUGACACCGCCUACAGCGUAAAAUAUCUGGCUCCUGUGCUGCCAUUCGGCGACUGCCUCUUCUUGUCGAUGGAGCAGCUGCUGCUGUACACGGAGGAGUGUGAGCCUCUGUCUCCCGAAGGUAUUCGCAAAGUGGCUACCAAGUUCUUUCUGGCACACUACAAUUCAAGCACGCCGGAGGAGAAGCAGAAGAUCGACAAGGCCAUCCAGAACUUGUACUUUCCAACCUUGAAAGGAGGCUGGGGCGUGAGUCCCGUUCAGACACGACGGUUUGUGGUACGUCGAAGUGACAAGAAGAUGCUCCUCGACAAGUGUGCAGAACUUCAAAAACGCGGCUAUUCGUGGGGAAAAGCUGCAGAAGCGGUGUACACUGAGUACGCACAGCCGAUCGUGGACGCGCACUCGUACUGCGACUACAUGACUGUGGGUCGAGGUGAAAACACACACUUCCUUAUUGGCCUGAACUACAGCAGUCGCGGACUAAUUUCGGUGGAUAACGACCCGGACAACUCGCGCGUGGCGUGGGGCGAUGAUUUUGUGUUGGAGGCGCUGGCGACGGCGUAUCAGCGAGAUGUCUUCGUCGUUCUAGUGGGAUGUGGCAAGAUGUUCUUCCUCCCUCACCGACCGCGCGGCGACAAUGGCUUAGAUCAGAGUACGAUCUGCCACUCAAAGGGCCACGCGCCGUGGUUUUUGCUCAUGCGAUUAACCGGCAGCGACCGUGGAGGAGACCAUUACGAGCCGAUGCUGUGCGAGCGACUGCGUGGCGACGGAUCGCCGGAGUUUGGUUCGAUUGGAGACUGA